AUGGAUGCGCCACUCUACGUGCCCAUCGCGCUCGCAGCCUCUGCGUUCUCUCUGUGGCUGAUAUUCAAGAGGUAUCUGACCAAGUCCCCGUUGGACAAUCUCCCCGGGCCUCCGCCGACUUCCUUCCUAUUCGGAAAUUUGCCCGAUAUCAGCCACCGACAAAGCUGGAGGGAGUGGGAGUUUAUUGUCGAUGCAUAUGGGCCUGUUACGAAGCUUCAGGGACUCCUUGGGCUGCGCGUCCUUCACAUCGCUGAUCCCAAGGCGCUGCAUAGCGUUCUUAUCAAGGACGCAGAGCACUUUCCCAAGAAGGUGGAGCCCGCGACGGACACCCAGGUGCUCAUUGGCCCGGGGCUGAUGGCGACAGACGGUCACCAACACAGGAAGCAGCGCAAGCUGGUCACUCCCGUGUUCUCCGUCGGACACCUUCGCAACAUGACGCACAUCAUCUAUGGUGUCACCCAUAAGCUUCAGGAGGUGCUCGAGACCCGCGUCAGCACCAAGGAUGGUAGCGUUAUCGACAUCAACGGGUGGAUGGCACGCGCCACACUGGAGAUGCUCGGACAGGCAGGCCUCGGGCACUCCUUCGACGACUUCACUGAGGACUCGAUCGAUUCAUACGGCGAAGCACUCAAGAUGUUCUUUCCUGUCCUGGCACGCCUUCCGCUCCUGACGGUCUUCGUUCCUAAGCUGUCCUACGUCUUUCCGGACUGGCUCAUUAACAAGAUGCUCCGUCUGAUGCCUGGCCAUGACAUCAGGCGCAUGUUGGAGAUUUCAGAUGCCAUGACACAGCGCUCGUUCGAGCUCAUCAAUGACAGGAAGACUGCACUGCUUCAGGGCGACGAAGCACUAGCAAAGCAGAUCGGUGCGGGGAAAGACAUCAUGAGCCUCCUGCUGAAGGCCAACAUGACUACGUCAGAGGCAGAGAGGCACACUGAUGCAGAACUUGUCGCGCAGAUGUCCACCAUGCUCCUCGGUGGAAUGGACACGACCGCCAACGCUCUCUCCCGUAUCCUGCAUAUUUUAUCCCAGAAGCCCGAUGUCCAGGAACGGCUCCGCGCAGAGAUAAUCGAGGCGCGCGCCGACGACAACCUCGCGUACGACGACAUCGUCAAGCUCUCGUACCUGGAGGCCGUGUGCCGCGAGACAAUGCGCCUCUACCCACCUGCGGAGUUCAUAGUUCGCACAGCGAGGAAUGAUACGACGAUUCCUCUGUUCGAGCCGGUCCGGGCUCGCGACGGCUCGCUCAUGACCGAGGUGCCGGUGCCCAAAGACACCAUGAUCUUGGGGCACCUAUGGGGGUGCAACACGAACAAGGCUGUCUGGGGCGACGAUGCGUACAAAUUCAAGCCCGAGCGCUGGCUGGGCGAGCUGCCCAAGGCCCUCGACGAGGCGCGUGUGCCGGGCGUGUACUCGAACCUGAUGACAUUCUCCGGCGGUGGUAGAUCGUGCAUUGGUUUCAAGUUGUCCCAGGUCGAGAUGAAGAUCGUCCUUUCGGUACUGCUUUCGGAAUUCAAGUUCGAGAUGUCCGACAAGCCGAUCACUUGGAACUCCUCUAUCGUGGUAUACCCGACGACAGGCGAUGUAAACACUCAUCCCGAGAUGUUCCUGAAGGUGACCAAGAUCGCGUAG